AUGGAAGACUACACCCCCCUGGACGCCCCCCUCUUCCCCAUCCCCGACGACCCCAUCUUCACCGCGCCGCAGUGGCAGACCCUGCUCUCGCUGGCCGACGUCGUCAUCCCCGCCCUCACCACUGCUCGUGCUGGCAACAACAAGGCCCUGCACCAAAAGACCGUCUCUGCUGCCCAGUAUGACACGGCAAUUGCCACGCUGACUGCCCAGAUCAAGAGUCCCGACGCCGCAGAAAUUGCGCGCCAGUACCUCGACGAGAAUGCCUCGUCGCUGCCAGCCUUUAAGGAGUCGUUCCGCCGCGCCUUUGCCUUGAAUGUGCCCCAGGAGGCGAAGAAUGGGUUGUCUUUGAUCUUGACUACGUUGAACACGCGUGCCGGCUCGCUUCUCCUGACUGGUUCCUCCACACCCCUGCAAGACCAGUCAUUUGACGCCCGAGAAAAAGUCCUCUGCCACUGGCUGACAUCCCGCCUGCCUCAGCUACGCCAGGUGGCCCGAUCUGUCGUUCUUCUCUCUAAAAAAAACUGGGUGCUCAACAGCGCCAUUGCCCUACAGACAAUCGGGUUCCCGAGGUUCCCCGUCUACGGGAAACCGGCAGAGAGCUUUGACUACAAAUUCCUGCAAAUCCCUCCUGGCGACAACACCGAAAUCAUCGAGACCGAUGUAGUCAUCGUCGGCAGCGGCUGUGGAGGUGGCGUUGCGGCCAAAAACCUCGCCGAGGCCGGCCACCGCGUUCUCGUCGUUGAAAAAGCAUAUCACUACCCUUCUUCUCACUUCCCCAUGACCCAACCCAGCGGCCUCGGCCACAUGUUCGAACAAGGCGGCAACGCCGUUUCAGACGAUGGAUACAUGGCCGUCCUGGCCGGCGCGGCCUGGGGCGGCGGUGGAACCGUCAACUGGGGCGCCUCGCUCCAGACGCAAAACUACGUCCGUCAGGAAUGGGCCGACACGGGCCUGCCGUUUUUCACUUCUCACGAGUUUCAGAAAUCGAUGGACAAUGUCUGUGAGCGAAUGGGCGUGAAUACGGAUAUUCGCCAGAACUUUCAGAAUGCCGUUACCCUGGAAGGUUCGCGGAAGUUGGGGUAUAAUGCGCAGGUUGUGCCGACAAACUCGGGGAAUAGUAAAGAGCAUUAUUGUGGCCACUGCACACUAGGUUGCCACACUGGAGGAAAGCAAGGGCCCAUGGCGUCUUGGUUGGUGGAUGCUGCCGAGGCCGGUGCCGUCUUUGCUGAAGGUUUCCAUGCCGAGAAAGUGCUGUUCGACACGGUAAACGGGAAAAAGGUGGCAUCGGGGGUUCAGGGAGUGUGGACAUCGCGAGAUUCCCACUUGGGCACGUCUGGCAAGGAUGUCGUGCGUCGAAAGGUUAUUGUCAGGGCGAAAAAAGUUAUUGUUUCAUGCGGCUCUCUGCAAAGCCCUUUGUUGCUGCUGCGCAGUGGCAUUAAGAAUCCUCAUGUUGGCCGGCAUCUCUAUCUUCAUCCAGUGCUGCUCGGUGGAGCCGUGUUUGAACAAGAGACGCUUCCAUGGGAAGGCAAUUGUCUGACGACGCUGGUGCAUGACUUUGAAAACCUCGACGGCCACGGCCACGGCACCAAACUCGAAAAUGUCUCCAUGGUCCCUGCUUUAUUCCUAGCCACCAUGCCCUGGCUAGACGGCGCAAACUUCAAGAGACUAGCCGCCAAUCUGCGUCACAUGGCUGGAUUCAUCACACUGACCAAAGAACGAGACGCCGGCCGCGUCUACCCAGACCCAAUCAGCGGACAGCCGCGAAUCGACUACACCAUUUCAGCCUUUGACCGGAAGCAUAUUUUGGAAGGCUUGAUUGCCAGUGCCAAGAUUGCCUACGUGUGCGGCGCCAAAGAGUUCUACACAUCGUACCGCGACAUGCGCCCAUUUAUCCGAUCUACAAAAACAACACCAACAGACACCACCACCAACACGCCCGACCAGUGCAUCAACGACGCAGCACUGCAAGCAUGGAUCAAAGAAUUCCGCAAAAAAUCUCCACUCAACGCCGAGCACGGCACGGCCGCCAGCGCCCACCAAAUGGGCACCUGUCGCAUGUCCAGCUCGCCGAAAAAGGGCGUUGUUGGGCCAGACGGCCAGGUCUGGGGUACCCAGGGCCUGUAUGUUGCCGACGCCUCGGUCUUUCCCAGUGCUAGCGGCGUGAACCCAAUGGUCACCAACAUGGCCAUUACGGACUGGACCAGCCGGAAGCUGGCUGAGGAGCUGAGUCGGGAAAGCCUGCGCAAGACGGGGACUGCUCGACUAUAUCAACCUGCACUUGUAGGCUGUAGCCUAUUGGCCAAUGUAUACCCACCUCGUACACCUUUCCUGUUCUGGACUAGUGAUUUAUCGACCAUGUCAUCUUCAGAUAUCAGUCAGUUUAACCCACGACUAUCCAUCACUACGCUUGUACAAAGUAGUCUUAACAUUGACUUGAAGAUCUUUUUAGUACAGCAUCAGAGUCAAGCAGAUUCAAGCAGAUUCAAGGUUGCUGCGUCGCAAACCAAACCAGCAGCAAUGCCGUCAAGGCGCUUCCACUCCAAAAACAGACACGGCUGCGCGCAAUGCAAGAAGCGAAAGGUCAAGUGUGAUAUAGUGCGGCCAGUCUGUGGCAACUGUGCCAGAAGAAAAGACAAAUGCCACUACGUUAUUGGAGACUCUGGAAUAAUGUGGACUCCACCGCCUAUGCCAGAUCCUAGCGAGUUUUCGCCUCCUAGUAACAGCAGUACUAUUACGGAUACAGGUAGCAGUGAUAGUAGUACUAGCACUGAGAUGGUUCUAAGCGCCGGACCCAUCUUUCAUCUCUCGCCCAAUGCCGAUUUGUCCUUGUUGGAAAAGUUCGUGUCCGAUGUCAGUCCGACUCUGUCUAAUCGCCCAGAUACGCAAAAAGCAUGGGCACUUGAUGUCGGCUGCCGUCCCAUUUUCCAACCAAACACUUCGUAUCUCUCUCACAUUUUGAUUGCCAUCUCAGCUCUCCAUGCCUCGCUCACACAGCCAGCGCUGUCGCUAGCAGAGAAACACGAGUAUCGAGACAUGGGCUUGUAUCAUCAAAACGCGGCGCUCACUUUAAUACAGCCGGUGCUGCCUUCCCUAAAAGAGGAUCCUGGCCAGAUUGCCGGGUUGUUUGGGGCAGCCUGGUUGAUCUUCCUCUUCAACGUCUCCCAACCGCGACCGCAACAAUCAGACCGAAAGGAUUGGGUGAUUGACGAGAUUGUCAAACUGAGCGAGCUGGCCAAGGGCGUCGUCGUCAUCCUCACAACCUACAAAGCGUCGUGCGCCAGCAACGAGGAAGAAGCCAAAUCGCUGGUCAUGGCCGGUCCACUACGCGGGUUUUUUGGCCAUUUCCUACCCUGGCGCCACCAAACCGUGUCCCCCUCGGUACGCCGCGAGAAACUGCCGCAAUCACUACAGCGUAUUCUGGCCACGAUCGAGGCGGACGAUUCCUUGUCUGUGUUGCGAAAGCAACUCUAUCACCACGCCAUCGACGAGCUGGCGCUGACGGUUGUUGCUAUGGCGUUUAACCCAAAGCAUCCAUCCAUCGUCUUCAUGUGGCUCAUUAGCGCGCGCCGUGAGUUUGUGGAUCUUGUUUCUGAGCGUGAUCCGUUUGCGUUGCGCAUUUUUAGGGCUUACGGGGUUUGGGCUGCCCGGAUGGACCAGGUGUGGUUUGCGCGGAGAUGGGGGAGGAGUAUUGUUGAUUCAGUGGAUGCGGCUCUAGGUGGUUUGCCAGUCAUGGGAGAAAGUAUGGGCUGA